GGGGAGGCUGGGCGCUGAUGCUGAUUCAGGAUGCGGCUGAUGUGGAGUCUGAGGUAAAACUGCUGCAGCGGCGAGCGGAACACAAUGCGGCUCCGAGUUCCUCAAACCUCUCGCUCUGAAACUCUCCUGCGGCCUCACAAGAGCAGGUGAAUGGCAGGACUGUGUGAAGAUCUGGCCGGCUGAUGCAGCGCGUAGGAGUCGACUGUGACGAAAACAUGAACGGUGCAGGAGAGCAGGUGGACAUCCUGCCUCAGAACUGCAUGGUCAAAGAGCGCUGGAAAGUGUUAAAGAAGAUUGGAGGCGGAGGAUUCGGGGAGAUCUAUGAAGCGUUGGACUUGUUGACCCGGGAGAACGUGGCUCUGAAGGUGGAGUCGGCGCAGCAGCCCAAACAAGUGCUGAAGAUGGAGGUGGCAGUGCUGAAGAAACUACAAGGAAAAAAUCACGUGUGUAAGUUUAUCGGCUGUGGAAGAAACGAGAAGUUCAAUUACGUGGUCAUGCAGCUGCAGGGAAGGAACCUUGCUGAUUUGAGACGCAGCCAGCCUCGUGGAACAUUCUCCAUGAGCACGACACUGCGGUUAGGGAAGCAGAUCCUGGAGGCCAUUGAGGCCAUUCACUCUGUCGGCUUCCUGCACCGAGACAUCAAACCUUCGAACUUCGCCAUGGGUCGGCUGCCGUUCACGUACAAGAAGUGCUACAUGCUGGAUUUCGGCCUCGCUCGUCAGUACACCAACACCAACGGAGAAGUGCGGCCUCCAAGAACGGUGGCAGGGUUUCGGGGAACGGUGCGCUACGCGUCAGUCAAUGCUCACAAGAACAAAGAAAUGGGUCGCCAUGAUGAUCUGUGGUCGUUGUUCUACAUGCUGGUGGAGUUUACUGUGGGACAGUUACCGUGGAGGAAGAUCAAAGACAAGGAGCAGGUUGGUCAGAUUAAAGAGCGUUAUGAACACAAGAUGCUCCUGAAACACAUGCCAUCGGAGUUUUACAUUUUUCUGGACCAUGUGAUCAGCCUGGAUUAUUACACCAAGCCUGAUUAUCAGUUGUUGAUGUCGGUGUUUGAGAACAGUAUGAAGGAGAGAGCGAUUACAGAAAAUGAGCCGUUUGAUUGGGAGAAAUCAGGAACUGACUUGUCAUCGAACAGCAUGGCCACGCCUCCUCAACAAAACACACGCCAAACUGCAGCGAUAGUCGGUGUGGUGAACGUGACGCCGGUUCCUGGAGAGUUACCAAGGGAGAACACAGACGAUGUGCUUCAGGACGAGCACCUGAGCGAUCAGGAGAACGCCCCACCCGUGCCGUUACCCAUAAGGCCUGCUGAGGUGGCUCUGGUGCCCCCUGGUGGAGAGGUGUGGGACGACACUGAUUUCAAUCGCAACAAACUCAGGAUCAGCAUCAGUAAGACCCAGGUAACUGCAGAGGAGGAGCAAGCAGAAGGGGCGGAGCCUGUUUCCCCACGACCCGCCGACCCAGAAUCUCCUGGGGCUCAAAUACGACCUCUCAGAUACCGACGAAUCAACAGCCCCGAAUCUGAUCACCUGACUGGAGCAGACGGGAGGGCGGACGGCUGUGACAAACGUUCCCGCAUGGACAUGCUUGGCUCUCCGUCUCGCUUCGUCCUGUCGUCUCAGCCUGCUCAGAUGUUCUCAGUGGAUGGCGGUCACGAGGCUCACAGUAACGCCUUCAUCCGCUCCGUGCCACUGGCUGAGGAGGAAGACUUCGACAGCCGGGAGUGGGUGAUGAUUGACAAGGAGGCGGAGCUUCGUGACUUCCAGCCAACCACGUCAGGAACCACUGAUGAUGAGCCGGAGGAGCUCCGCCCCCUGGAGGAGCAUGAGGAAAUGAGGAGGAGGAGGGGAGAACGCGGAACCGAGGUCGUGGUUCGGCCCAAAACGCAGCGCGGGCCAACAGGAUUGGCUGGAGCGGAGGAGGGGGCGGGGCCAAGUCACCGCAGAAGGGAGUUGGAGCCAUUCGGGCCACACAGACAGGAGCCUCUAGAGGCGGAGUCCAAGGUAAAGCGAGUCGAUUUCAUGUCCACGGUGCUGAUGUUUGACGCUCAGAGAGAAACCUCACGGCGUUCAGGAAGUGAUGGAAGCCCAGAAGGUGCUGCCUCUACACUGCUGGCUCCGCCUCCUCGCGAUCAAGAUCAGGAAGAAGUGUCCCGUACACUGGUGCUCGUGUCAGCUGGGAACGGGGCCGUUUCCCCCGGCGACGGUCAGGCCACACUGGGGGCAGUGACGCCGCAGGCUCCUGAUGAAUUGGAUCGCGGGGCUCUGGCCUUCAUGUUCAGGCCUGCUGCUAUGGCAACAGGUGCCGUGGCAACAGUUGGACGCUCCUCGUCACCUCCACUGGCAAAGGUGGAGCGAACAUUCGUGCACAUCGCUGAGAAAACUCACCGCAUCGUCAUGACAACGGGGAAGCAGCUGCCCGAGUCAGAGAGACACUACGGAAGGGAUGAGGAAGAGGAGGAAGUGGUGGAGGAGAGGAAGGAGGGAAGCAGCAAGGAGGAGAUCAUCUGGGAAAGAGCCGAGAGACAGGGAGAAAACGGUGAAGAGGAAAAGGAGGAGCAGGAAGUAGAGCAGGAAGUGGAAGAAAAAGAGAGUUGGCUUCUGAGGAAGACGAUGAUUGAUCUCAAGGAGAUGGAACGAGAGAGUGAAAGGGAGGAGAGAGAGAAAGGCAUAGAAAAAGACAAAAGCAGUCCUACAGAGGAGGCGGAGCCAGAGCCAUCAGCUGAGUUAGGUGACAAGCAAGGACCUCCCUCCAUCAGACAUGAAGAACCCACAGAGCUGGAGGUGCGAGAGAAACCUGAAGAGGUUCAGGUGGAACACGAACUGAACCGUGAAGAAGCAGCUCCUGUUCUCAUCACCCAAAUAGGGAAGGAGGCGGAGCCAGACCAGGAUGUUACGUCACCACAGCCUCAUCCACGGAGGCGGAGUCGAAUCCCGGUGCUCAUUUCAGAAGAGGAAACCGGUUCGGACCGGUCAUCGCAAACCAGUCCGAACCAGCAGGUGCGUAAAAGCCGACGCCCACAACUGGCCCGACUCGUCCUGGAGCGAAAACGAUCCACCCAAUCAACAACCGCCUCCGAAGACGAUACCCACCAAUCAGACGACUCGGCCAGGGCAAGGGGAGCAGACGGGUCAUUGAGGAGCCGGAUCCCGCGACCGGUCACGCCCAUUAAGAAGCCUUCUGUCCAAUCAGGGAGUGAGGCGGUGCCUCAGACUCAGAGAUCCGUCUCCUUCGUUCAGGCCAGUUCUCUCGGCUCUGGGAUACAGAAGUCAGUAAGCGCUCAUUCAAGUAUCCAUCAGCAGAAGCCCCGCCCACAGCUCCGCCCUUCCAAAACGCUCCCACCCCGCCCCCUGACACCAGCCCCGACAGCCCACAGACCCUGGCCUCCAGGCCCCGCCCCCUCGCCUGCUACUCGGACAGCUCAGCGUGCCGUCUCCCGGCCCGGCGCUCCUCCCGUUUUCCGUAGCGUCAGCUCCGCCCCUCGCAGUAACUCCGCCUCACGCACGGAGAGCCCGUCUCCGCAGCACUUCCGCCAUGCUGAGACACGCCCUCACUCAACAACACAACCCAAAUCCAAAGCUCUGGACUCCUCCCACAAAAAGGGCAAAGCGUACCCAACAGCGGCGCAGAAAGGGAAGAGGGAGUCAUGUGACCCCAAAUAUAAAAGCAGAUAAUUACUGUCAAUGUAAAUCCACAAGCAUUUCACCUUCUAAUACGUCACACACUCCUCCUCCUCCUCCUCAACACUGACACGGCUGCGAUAAUCACUCACGCAGGACGCUCUGAAAGUCUGACACUAACCACGCCUUCUUUAUACAACACACGCCACGUCAGACUCGCAGAGAUCCAGACGCACGUUUACAUCUCGACAGCUUUAGAGUCCCAAAGGUACGUCAGUGUUCACAGAUCCCGGUGUUCAGAGUCGAGUUACGCAGCUGCUUCCAGCUGCAUGUUCAGAUUAUUAACACCACCUGCGUGUGGAGUUCACACUGGAGAGGUUACGGACGUUUCUCAACUAUAUUGAACAGUUAUUCCACAAAAUCGAGUCGUACCUGAACUGAUGGGUGGCGAGACACGUAGCACCGAGAUUGAGUGGAAUAACUGUUUUAUUCUCUUCACAUUCACUGGAUUUUGAGAAAUGGAGCAUUUUUUUUUUGCAAAUUUGAUGAAUAAAAACUUUAUACAAAACAUCUGACAAAAUCAUUUCCGCUUAGAAUGUAAACAAACCGGCGAAAUGACAGGAGCGAUUUGUGAAAAAUGUGAUAAUAAUACAACCCCGA